CGAGAGGGUGUCACGUGACGGCCAGGGCGUCUUUAUAAAACUGCUCCUAACUGUUCUUCAGCGGCACAAGUUUUUUGGAAAAAAAGAAGAAAUUCAAAACAAUGAGCUUCCCUGUUGUGGACUUUAGCGCCUUCACCCUCGACGUGGAGGACAUUUGUCCCACAGACUUGGACCGCCUGAGCAGGGACGUGAAAGAAGCUUUUACCCGAGUGGGUUUCGUCUUCCUGGACAACACCGGCAUCACGCAGGCGGAGGUGGAUGGCGUCAUGGAAGCUUCCAGAAGGUUCUUCCUGCAGCCAGACCGCUUCAAGAAGGCAUUCAGCAGGAAAAGCUUCCCCAACUGUCCCCUGCACGGCUGGAUCCCCAUGGAAACGGAGAGGGUGGAUCCAGGAUCACUAGCAGCAGAUUUAAAAGAGUCGUUCAACAUGACUUCACUACAUCCUGACAUAAAAUGGCCCUCCACAGAGGUUGUGGCGGGAUUCCAGGAGACCAUGGCGGCUUUUUACCAGCGCUGCAAAGUGCUGAGCUUGCGGAUUUUGAAGGUGUUGAUCCACAGUUUGGCUCUGGACCCUGACGUGUUCCUGAGUGCUCACCGCCUGGUCGGAACGGAUGAGAACACGACGACGCUGCGUUCCAUCUAUUACCCUCCGGUCCAAGUGGCCAAGGAGGGCCAGCUGAGAUGUGGCCAGCAUUCAGACUACGGAAGCAUCACCUUGUUGUUCCAGGAUUCUAAAGGUCUGCAAGUGCUGGAACGUUCUGGUGAGUUCAUCACUGCUCCUUGCAUCCCCGGGGCCAUUCUUAUCAACAUCGGUGACAUGAUGCAGCGUUGGACCAGCGACCAGUUCGUCUCUCUGGUACACAGGGUCGUGCUGCCCCCUGCUGGUGACUCCACUACACGCCAGUCUCUGGCUUUCUUCCUCAUGCCCGACGACGAGGCUGUUAUCGCUUGUGCCGACGGAUCCGACAAGUACCAGCCAGUGAAGCUUGGCGCCUACCUCGCUGAGCGCAUCGGCAAUAUCUACUCAGAGUAGCGCUUUCGCCGCCUGGAUCGGACCGCUAGGUGAUGAUUUUAGUGAUGAGUCGUACGCACGUCUGACAACUUGCAGCCUCGUUCACUUCAUUGCCACUGCGAGACAUGACGUGGAGGUCAUUGCAAACAUUGUUAAAGUACAUAAAAAGAAAACCACAUCAUUAUUGAUGUGGUUGUCAUGACAACGGGAGCUAUAUUAGCUGAAUAUGAACAAUAUUAAAUACAAUCCAAAAGGGAGAAGCGGUAGAAAAUGGAUGGAUGUAUAUAUUCUGAUACCCAUCAUCGACCUGUCUCCUUAGCAGAAAAACAGCCCCAAAGCAUGAUGUUUCCACCCCCAUGCUUCACAGUAGGUGUGGUGUUCUUGGGAUGCAACUCAGUAUUCUUCUUCCUCCAAACACGACGAGUUGAGUUUAUACCAAAAAGUUCUAUUUUGGUUUCAUCUGACCACAUGAUAUUCUCCCAAUCCUCUGCUGUAUCAUCCAUGUAUCCAUUUUGGUAUAAACUCAACUUGUCAAGUUUGGAGGAAGAAGAAUACUGAGUUGCAUCCCAAGAACACCACACCUACUGUGAAGCAUGGGGGUGGAAACAUCAUGCUUUGGGGCUGUUUUUCUGCUAAGGGGACAGGACAAUUGAUCCGUGUUAAGGAAAGAAUGAAUGGGGCCAUGUAUCGUGAGAUUUUGAGCCAAAACCUCCUUCCAUCAGAGAGCUUUGAAUGGUUGACCAAAUACUUAUUUUCCACCAUAAUUUACAAAUAAAAUCUUUAAAAUUCCUACAA